AUGGCGGUGGCAGAUGUGAAGUUAAAUUCACCAACUCAAACAAACAGUCAAAGUGUUAUUGUCAAUGUCAAAGACAGAGAUGUUGAAGUGGGGAAACCAUACGAAGACGAAGAUGGUAUAACAAUUGUUCCUGUAAAAGAACCAACAUAUCCUGAAGUUAACAGAGACUUAAGUUCUGUUGCAGAUAUUCGAAACGACUACCAACAACUGAAAGACAAACUUCAAACUCAGGAGAAGAUUUGUCAAGCUUUAAGUAUAAUGUUAAACUUGGUCGAACACAACCCUGUAAAAGUGAACUCAUAUGUCAUUGCACCUCAUGAA